AUGAAUGCAGCACUCAUUCAUGACAAAUUGUUCAUCAAAACAUUCUGGGAGAAAAGAAUUUUAAAUCACACCAUGACUGCAGAGAAUGAAGAACAAAGGAUGAAGAAUAGUGCUCUGACAAAGCUCCGUGAUGAAUGGCUCGAGAGACUUGAGUUUCGAACAAAACAUCUCAAGAACUUCAAUGAUGGAAAAGCCAUGAAAUCAACAGAAAAAACUAAUCAAGAAUGACCUUUGCCAAAGAUUCUAAUCUUAUAGGUCUUUUUCAGUCGUUCAUGCAACUGUCUGUUUAGGUAGUUUAGGUUGGUCUGUUUAGAUGUAUACAGCAAUUUUUCAUUCUGUUUAACCAACAAGGGAAAGUAACUUUAAUAAAACUUGUCCCACAUCCUUUUGUAAGUAGUCCACUGCAACAAACAGGUGAUGUGAAGGACAGAUACGAUCUAAAUGCCCAAUUCAUGUCAGACAUGUCACAAUGUUUAACACUCCAAACAGAUACUGUAUGUCUGCAUUAUACAGUUCAAAGAAUAUUUCACUUCAUAAUGAUUUCUCAUUGAGGUUACUUCUGUCAGGGUUUUUUUUUCUGAGAAAAUUGACAAUAAGACCAUUUGUUAUGUUUUCAAUAUUUGCAAUAAUUACAUAAAGUUCCAAAAGUCAAGAA